AUGGCCGCUAUAUCACUGAGGGAUUCCUCCGACAGCACGGAAUAUUUGCAGCAAUCUAGAGUUGCUUCAAUCAUUGUGUGCAAUGCUGUACUUAUCGCAGCCUCGACAGUGGGACUUCUUGUACGACUGUUUGUGAGAAUUCGAUACCUGAGCGGGAUCGACCUCGAUGAUGUCUUCUGUGCGAUCGGCUGGGUAUUGACACGAUACGGGUAUGGAAGACAUGUCGAUACCAUUCACGAUGACAACACAGUAAAUAUGUUUCUCAAGCUCGAUUUUGUCACCGAAAUCAGCUACCUUCUCUCGCUCGGAGCCAUCAAGAUCUCAUUUUGCCUCUUCUACCUCAAGAUCUUCCCGGGCCACAAGUUCAAAAUAUUCUGCUACUGUUUGAUCGGAUUGUUAGUUGCCGAGACUACUGAAGAAACCUUUGUCGUGAUCUUCCAAUGCUGGCCCAUCCGGAAGGCGUGGGAUUCCGUCGGUACCGUGGAGGGCAAAUGCCUGUCCCUUCUAGGGUUCUAUUACAUCUCGUUUGGUAUUCGGCUGGCGACGGAUAUUGCGCUCUUUACGCUCCCUAUCCCUAAGCUGCUACAACUUAAAAUGACCAUUGGCAAACGAGCCGGCCUGAUUUUCAUGUUUGGGCUUGGUGUUUUAGUCGUAGUGACCAGUAUUAUCCGGGCUACGUACCUCAAUAACUUCUCCACUGAUCACACAUGGGAACUUGUGAACCCACUCAACUGGUCGUCAGUUGAGCUUGGAGUGGCUAUCUUCAUCGCUUGUUUCCCAUCUUUCAAAGCUCUGGUCACCUUCCAGUUCCCCUCUCUGCGCCGUUUCUUGGGUCUGUCCAGCAACCGCAGUUAUGCGGGUCGGUACGAACUCUAUGGAGCCUCGGGUCGCCGUACGGAUGAUCCUCGAUCUUGGGCCGGUACCAGACGGACCCACGUUGGCGAGACAAAGCUGGGCAACACCACCACCCACACUCAAACUGAGGUCGAAGCGAGCCGAAACGGCUCCGAAGAACGCAUCAUCUCAUCGUCGUCUCCAGUGGGGAUUCAGGUGACCACGGACGUGAGCGUGAAUCGAUCUUCGGAAAGACCGAGCGAGCAGCACUGGCCACUCCAUGUCUAA